GUAUUAACUAAAACAAAAUAAUAUAUCCUUAAGUUUUCGUAAAUAUCGACGAAUAUAUACAUAUUUUCGGAUAUUUAGUUUUUCGAAUAUCUGUAUUUUUCUGGAACAAAACGAAACGAAAAAUUUGAUAUCCAUAACAUUUUAAACAAAUCAUAGAUACCUCUAAAAACCUGGAUAUCUGAUCCAUGACCAGUCAUAACUCAAAAAUGUAACUAACAUAUUCACCAAAAUAAGUACAAUAUUCGUUUGACGUCAUUUCCAACAAAACAAAUUCAAUUCAUUUCGCACUUCUUUUCUAAACCUCUCUUUAUCAUCAUCUUACAACUUCACCUACCUAACCUUGUCUUUCUCUCGCUUCCUCUGAGAGCAGAUGACACAAAUGGUUUCUGCAUCGUCCAAGACGAAAGCUUUAGACCCCCCUCUUCACGCCUUAGGUUUCGAGAUCGAUGAACUAUCUCCCACACGUGUCACUGGUCGUCUUACCGUUUCUCUAAUCUGCUGCCAGCCUUUCAAGGUGUUAAACGGUGGUGUGUCUGCUUUGAUAGCCGAGUCUUUAGCAAGUAUGGGAGCUCACAUGGCUUCCGGUUUCAAAAGGGUCGCUGGAAUUCAACUCUCCAUAAACCACGUAAAGAGUGCCGAUCUGGGAGACCUUGUCUUCGCCCAAGCAUCCCCUGUAAGCACAGGCAAAACCAUUCAGGUCUGGGAAGUCAAGCUUUGGAAGUCAACACAGAGAACUGAGAAGAAAAUAUUAAUAUCUUCCUCCAGAGUCACACUUCUAUGCAACCUUCCUGUCCCAGAUCACGCCAAAGAUGCAUCAGACCUGCUAAAAUUGAUCUCCAGAUUGUAGAUUUCAAAGCCUUCUUUUUCUUUCUGUCUAUAUAUAUGAUUGUGUUUAUCUUGCUACUGGCUUCUUAUUGUCACUUGUAUGUAUCAUCAUCUAAACAUCUACUCCUUUUGGGUGAUAAUAAGCUAAAAGUGGCAAAACAUAGUUAACUGUAAUUGUCCCUGAUAUGGAAAAUCUACUGGAAUAUCAAGUAGUUAGAAAUC